UUUGUUUGUUUUUUUUUUUUUUGGUAGAAAAUCAGCGAAAAAAAUUUCAUUGUUUGAAAUAACUGAGAGCAACAACAAAAAGAAUCGUCUUUUUGAUACAGCGCAAGCAAUCGGGAUCAUUGUCAGUGAACGUGAAUUGUAUGCGAAUUUUUGACUGUUAUGUGAUCAAGUUCUCUUUAGCGGCCACGAAAUAAUAUUUUGUUGUAUUGGUGUUGAUGACUUCAUUUCGUAGUUAAACAACGCUAAUUCACAAUCAAAAUUAAAUACUAAAUAUUGAAUACAAUUGGUGUAAAAAUGAAUGGUAAUGGCAUCAAAAUGUCUGGAAGGUCGUCAAGUCAACGCUCAAUAAACGAUUACCCGGAGCAUUUGAACCCAUUUUACGAGGAUGAGAAUCACAAACGCUUGAGAUUUUGGAAGCUCGGAAGCGAUAAACCAAAUCGCAGCAAUAGUUUCAGCAUAGAUGGGCUAAAAGGUCUUUGGUCGUUUAAAACAUUCAAAUUGAAGAAGAAAUCGUCAUCAUUGGGAAUAAAUAAAACGUCUGAAAGUCCGCCUAUGCUACGGCAUGAUGAUCGAUAUGGAAGCCAAACAACAUAUGAUGGACGUAUGCGACAUACCGUCGACAUUGGUUUGAGCAACAAUUUUGAACGUGGUGCACCCUGUCGAAGUUCUUUGCAGGAUUUAAAUUCGAUCUCCCGUAAUCAAAGCGAGAAUUUUUUCAUACGUAAUAAUCGCUAUCGAAGUACCAUUCAAGCUGGUAAUUCGGGUAUAUCACAACAAAAUCGGGCUCAAAGCAAUACAACAAUUGGUUCAGCAACGCCCGUGCUUCGAUCACGUUACAAUCCAACCUUGUCCAGAGGUUCAUCGCAGCUAAGUGUAAAUAGCACAAAUCCAUUCGAUGACGAAUUUGAAACCAUCAGUCAAAUCGAAAGCCCGCAACGAUCUUCAAUCCGUCAUUCAGCUCGAAAGAAACGUCGUGCUCCACAACCUCCAGUUUCGCCGAAUAAACCUAAUAUUGCUACUGUAGACGAAACCAAGGUCGAAUGCGAAACUGAUAACGAUCUUAAUGAGACUGUGAAUAUUACAAAUUUAACUGCUGAAAUUGAAUCGUUUGUUCGUACAGCCGACACCGAUAAAGAAACGAUUAAAUCUAAAGAAGCCGAAUCAAGUGCUCUGAAAAUUGAAGAGACUUAUGUGGAUAUUAAAGAGAAUGGAAAUGAAAAAUUAAAAAUUUCACGACAGAGCCCCGAAAGUAAUGACUAUUAUCCGCAUGAUGAUCAUUGCGAAGAAAUACCUAUGGAAAAAAUACAGAAUUUGGGCACAACCGAUGUUAAUAGUAAUAAACGUUGCAAACAAAGUCCGGUCAAAAUAUUGAUCAGAGCUCCGACUGAUGAAGAGACUACAUUGGUAAUAGAUGAAGAACCAACAUUGGAAGAAGAACAUAAAAUAGAGUAUAAGCAAUCCGAAAAUGAUAACUAUGAUACCAAGGAUACGGAACAAGAAAUUAUCAUCGUAAAACAUGAUGUUAGAGAGUUUACACAUAAUAAUCCAAAGGAAGCGUUGCACCAAGAAGAAAAGGUGUUGCAUGAAUCAAAAACGCCGCAUGAAGAAGAAAAAGUGUCACAAGAAGGAGAAAAAGAAAUGUCCCAUGAAGAACCUGAAAUAAAUGAUGCUGAAAAAAUGGAGACAAAAGAACCGAGUGAGUCCAUCAAAAUAGUUGAAGACACCGAAGGAACUACCACACCGACCAGUUCUGCUGUCGAAUUCAUUCUUGAGAAUGAAAAUAUGACUGAUUCAUCUGAAGUCACCGUACUCAAAAUCACCGAAUCAAACGAAGAUUUGAGUAAAUUGGAACCUGCUCAAAACGACACAGAAAAUCAAACAAUCAUUAAAGAUCCCGUUGUGACUGAAUCGAAUAGAUCGACAUUUAGGUUUGAAGUUCGAUCGGUUCCAUUGAAAUUCGAUUCACCAAAAACCAGAAAAAAAGACAUUGGAACCGAUGGUGGUAAGAAAAGAGAACCACCAACACCACCACAAAGACGACGAUCGGUGAAAGAAAUUAUUGAAUCGAUAAAUAAAUGCCAAAGCCUUUUAAAAGUAAAUCACGAUCUAAAAACGGACAAAAGUGAAAAAGACAAAAUAAACACUGAUUUAUGCCAAGCAUCGUCGUCGUCCUCGAUGAAAACAUUUAAGAGCAAAAGUUCAUUUUCCGAUCGCAAUAUGAACGAUUCGAUUGAGAAACAAUAUGAAAAUAAGAAAAUGUUUAGUGAUAUCACCGAAGUGAAUAAUAAUGCCAAAACCGACGAUAUGAGCAAUAUUCCAUUGUUUGUUGAGAAAUUCAACGAGUUUAAUAAUAAUAAUCCGAAUUCGAUAUUCGAAAAAUGCAAGGUACGGGACAAAACAUCAAACGAUGAAAAAGUAUCGAAUGUUGAAUGGAAUCCGGUGCCAAAGCCUCGUCGUCAUCGAAACUCCACACAGGGAUCGAUUAAUUAGGAAAGAAAUCAUCGAAACCAAUGUGCAGAAGUUAGGUUUUGGUAUGUCUUGGAAAUUGUUUGUAUAUAUACUGUACACUCGGUAUUUAAUAUGCAAGCGUACGCUCAAGAUAUCUGGCACCGAAUUUCCAUAAAUAAGCCAGAUGUUUACUAUAUUUUAGCCUAAAAUAGAUUAAUUUAAAUGUCGUGAUGUAUGAUCAUAUGAAUUUUAAUAGAGUAAAGAUAACAAACAUGCAGGACGAAUCCAUUGUUAUGCCGUUGAACAUUUCUGAUGAGAAGCUUGUAGUUAUAUAUUUAUUUGUAUAUGCAUUGAAUAAAAUAUCAUAUCGAUUGCA